UUCGACAGUUGUGGUUUACGAUGAUUAAAAAAAAAGGCCCAUAAAUUGUUUUCAUUACUUGAUACCUUUAAGUUAAUAUGAGAAAGCCCUUUAUAUUUUAUGCUUAUUCUUUAUUUUAUUUUGCUCAAUCAAAAUAAGGAACUGUAUGUGACUUUGAAGUGCCUUGUUUGUUUGUGCCUAUAUGCUGGAAAUAUAUUUUUGAAGAUAAAAAAAAAGCUGUAUGGCGUUUCCAUAGAAACGACGGUGAGACAGAAGAAAAGUGACGAUGACCCGGAAGUGUUCCUUUUAAACAGCCUGUUUCUCUUCUAGAAGGCUGUGUUGUGGGUGUUUCGACAGUUGGAGUUUACAAGAAAGCUGUAUGGGGAGAAUAACAUGUUAGAGAACGUGAGGAGCUGACACAACACACACUGUUUAGGCUUCUCACCUGUCACCUGCUUAAAAUGGAGACUCAUGGCAUUAUGAAAGCCUUCCCCAAAGUGAAAAGACAUCGGCCACAUGAGGGUAAAGAUGCUCCUCCAGGCAAGAAAGCUCCUGGUCAACCUGUUACUGGGAAUGUAUUUCAGGGUGUCUACAUCCACAUAGUCCCUACUGGUAUAGGAAAUGCCCGGUGUGACAUAUUCCAGCAGCAGAUCGUGCAGAAUGGAGGCCAGGUGGAAGCUGCGUACAGUCCCGCUUGUACACAUGUGGUCGUGGACGAGUCGGUGGACAGGGAGCGAGCGCUGAGGCUGCUGAAGAUGGAAACCUUUCCUCCUGCUGUGCAGCUGGUAAAGUGCACUUGGCUCAGUGCUUGCAUCUCUGAGAAGCAGCUUCUGAGCACAGAAGACUACAGGCUUCAUCCAUGUGACCGUCCUCAGGAUGCUCCCGCUGCGGAGCCAAAACAGAACGUUGUCAGCUGCAUCCCUGUUCCUGAGAAAACGCAGCCACUUGAUCACAAAUCAGCUCAGGAUGAUCCAGCUGACGUGGUACCCGAGACUCAGGAAGAACCUCUCGAGGAAGACGCUGUGUCGCAGAAUGAUUUGGAAGCUCUGAUGAACGGGGUUAAACACAAUUCCGGCACUUUAGACGCUGUGCAGAACGUGUCAGAAAAGACGCAGGUGCUGGGAAAGUGGGUGUGCGCCCAGUCGUCUCAGAGAAAGAGCAAGAACCACAACAGUCACAUCACUGACAAGCUGGAGCAGCUCGCCAAAGUGUACACACACACGGGUGACAAGUGGAGGGCGCUGAGCUACUCGAAAGCAGUUAAUGCACUCAAGAGCCAUCACAAGGCGAUCUCUUCAUAUGAGGAAGCCUGUAAGAUCCCAGGCAUUGGCAAGAGCAUGGCCGAUAAGAUUGUGGAGAUCAUGGAGAGUGGGCAUCUCAGGAAGCUGGACCAGUUCGGAGAGGCCGUGCCAGUCUUGGAGAUGUUCACCAACAUCUGGGGUGUUGGCGCAAAGACUGCCCAGCUUUGGUAUCAACAGGGCUUUCGUACGCUGGAGGAUAUUCGCACCAAGGCCACUUUGACUCACACGCUGAGAAUUGGCCUGAAGCACUACGACGACUUCCUCGAUCGGAUGCCAAGAAGCGAGGCGACCGCCAUCGAGAAAACGGUGAAAGCGGCGGCACACAGCGUGAACCCAGAGCUGCUAGUGGUGGCGUGCGGCUCGUACCGACGCGGGAAGCCCACAUGCGGAGACGUGGACGUGCUUAUCACUCACCCAGAUGGCCAAUCGCACAAGGGUGUGUUCGGCAAAGUGCUCCAGAUCCUCCAUCAGAGCGGCUUCUUGACUGACGAUUUGGUGAGCCACGAGGAGAACGGCGAGCAGAAGAAGUACAUGGGCGUAUGUGUCCUGCCUGGCCCGGGUCAGCGUCAUCGGAGGCUCGACGUAAUUGUGGUGCCGCACGAGGAAUUCGCAUGCGCCUUACUCUACUUCACCGGCUCGGCCCAUUUCAAUCGCUCCAUGCGUGCACUUGCCAAGACCAAGUCCAUGAGUCUGUCGGAACACUCGCUGAACACAGGCGUGGUACGUGAGCGUGGUCUGAAGGUGGUACCAGGUUUGCCGCUGAGCACGCCUACUGAGAGGGCGGUCUUUGAGCACCUGGGCAUCCCGUACAGAGAGCCUCAUGAGAGAGACUGGUAGCAGGAUGUCAGAAGAGGAUAGGAAUGAAAGCAUAUCCGAGCUGCUGUACUUCUCAUAGUUAUAUUUUAAACUUUUGGUGUUUUCGAUGUAAAAGCAUAAAGGUGCAGUACAUGACUUUUUUUUUUUUUUUUUUAGACUACACAAUAAUCAAUUAUCCACCCUCAGAAUGUUUAUGGAAGAAUAUAUUUUUAUCUUAUAAACUACUAUGUCGAUGAAGGGAUUGAUCCUUGAUCAUCACUCUUUUUAACUAUGGGCCCAGGUCCUUUCUGUAUUUAUUGUGCUGCUUGAUAUUGACCCUUCGUAAUCAGAUUAGUUGAUUGUAAUGGACAUACGGAUGAAGAAAAGAUCAUGCGAGUGCCAGAAUGUGUGAAUGAGGUCCAGUAUUGGUUACCUGAUAAAACAGCCGUGGCGCACUAUUACCACAGGAUGCAACACUUUUGGAUGGGAUAUUUCCAUACUGCAAAUAUUGUUAAUUAUUAUACAUACGGGCCACUUUUUCCAUGGAAUAAAAAAACAUAUAUUCUAUUC